UGUUAUUUUUGUUGCCACCCAGGGCUCGAAGGUAUAAAUAAUAUGCUCGAUUUGUCUCUUCGCCUCCAUUUCGCCCUCUGUGCUCUCUGCCAUGGCUACCCCCCGGUUUCAAGAUUUUCCACCUUGGUUCUCUUAUAUCACCUUUUCCUUCGACGUAGCGGCAACUCUGGAUUUAUACUGUGAUGGGGGUGAGGAGGCCAUGUUACAAAAAUUGGAUGGUCUUGAGGAUAGGAAAUAUGCUGGUUACUGCUUGGAGGUCGAAGUUCCACGUGAACCCACAUACCAGGUUAUUAGCAUUAGGCCAUCGCAACAGGGUCUCACCAAGCCUCAUUCUCGGAAACCCCAGUAUGCAAGGCCUCUGAUGUGUGUCCCCAUGUUGUCGGCAACAGCCCAUCCUAGGUGCAGGGAACCUCUCGACGUGACGAUGCCAUUGCCAUGGGAUAACUGCUAUCAUCCUACCUGCUACGACGUUUGCGUUCGUGUACCGACGGAAAGGCGGGACUAUUGUCAGUCAUGGUAUGUGAAAGGGCACUUUUCUCGCGAGCUUCGUAUAGCCUUCGACGAGGAUGAUCGCUACGAACAACUUCUUCGGGUUGGACUAGACGAUGAUCAGAUCCUUCGAGUUCUCGACGGUCAAGAGGAUCCCCUAGCUACAGAUGUGCCGGACGAAGCUUCGGAGACUGAUAGUUUAGCUAGCCCGAUGUUACUGGCCAAGGUACCAAGCUCCGAUAAGCUUGAAUAUGAACCGUGCUUCGUGCCCGUUAUGCGUAUCGACCACAUCCUAUCGAACGUCCCAGAAAUAGCUGAUCCAUCGCAGCUAUGUGGAGAUCUGGAUCUUUUUCAAGAAAUCGUGCACGAGUAUCAGCUUGCCCGCUGCGGAUCGGUCCUUUUCGACCCGCUAGAGGAUCCACCGAUUGACGACACGCCUGUCCGUGACAACGUUUCAUCGGUUUAUACUGUAUAUACUGUAGGGUCGGCGGAAUCUCGCGCGAGCUCGACGGAAGAUUUGAGCUCUGAUUCUCCGGACUCCCACGAACUGCACUCAUUGUCAGAGCAGUCUCCCCAGGUGCCGGUGCCGGUGCCUACUCGGAAAGGUAAAUUGAGAGUCAGGUCGUUCCUCCAAAAGGCGAUCACGAAUCUUGUCGAGGUCUUCAAGCGGCCCAAGGUUUCUCGCAAGUUGUGAUUUGGUCUGCGGGAUAGACCCAGCACCUCACUUUCGUUUUAUUAUAUACAUUAUUUUGUAUCGCUAAUCCUAUUGUACAACUCACUCUCUGGUAUGGUACCGCGGC